GCUGGAGAGAGAGAGAGAGUCACAAACCCAAACCCACACUUUCACUUUUUCUUCUUCUUUCUCUACUAAAAAACUCACUCCGAUCACUUGUUAGACGAUAAUGGCGGACCUCUCUGUCGACGAUUUCCUCAACCAGUGCAAACAAUCCGGCGACGCAGCUUAUGGCGCCUUGCGAUCGGUCCUGGAGCGGCUCGAGGAUCCGAAUACUCGAUCCAAGGCUCGGAUCUUCCUCUCUGACAUCUACAAACGCGUCGGAUCCUCCGAGUCGUCUCUCCAAACCUACCAUUUCCAUAUCCAGGACAUCUUCCUCGAUCAAUACGAAGGUUUUCAGUCCAGGAAAAAGUUAACCAUGAUGGUCAUUCCUAGUAUUUUUAUUCCAGAAGACUGGUCAUUCACAUUUUAUGAAGGACUUAAUAGACAUCCUGACACCAUCUUCAAGGAUAAGACUAUUGCUGAACUUGGCUGUGGGAAUGGAUGGAUAUCAAUAGCCAUAGCUGCUAAGUGGUUGCCUUCAAAGGUAUAUGGGCUUGAUAUUAAUCCUAGAGCUGUAAAAAUUUCUUGGAUAAAUUUGUACCUAAACGCUCUUGAUGAUAAUGGCGAACCAGUCUAUGACGACGAGAAGAAAACUUUAUUGGAUAGAGUGGAAUUCUAUGAAUCUGAUUUGCUUGGUUAUUGUAGAGAUAAUAAGAUUCAGCUCGAGAGAAUUGUAGGAUGCAUACCUCAGAUUCUUAAUCCAAACCCAGAAGCAAUGUCUAAGCUGAUAACAGAAAAUGCAAGUGAGGAAUUUCUCCAUUCGCUGAGUAACUAUUGUGCCCUUCAGGGUUUUGUUGAAGAUCAGUUUGGCUUAGGUUUGAUUGCCAGAGCGGUGGAAGAGGGAAUAUCUGUCAUCAAACCUGCAGGGAUUAUGAUAUUCAACAUGGGUGGUCGUCCUGGGCAAGGUGUCUGUAGACGCUUGUUUGAGCGGCGAGGAGUCCGUGUUACACAAAUGUGGCAGACUAAAAUACUUCAGGUAAGAAUUUCAUUAUUGAAAGAACAUGCUCCUCCACAAUGGCCACUUGAUAUGUGUUUACAGGCUGCAGAUACCGAUAUCUCGGCAUUAGUUGAAAUUGAGAGGAGCAGCCCUCAUCGUUUUGAGUUUUUUAUGGGACUUGCCGGAGACCAACCAAUUUGUGCUCGAACCGCAUGGGCCUAUGGAAAGUCUGGUGGACGAAUCUCCCAUGCUUUAUCGGUUUAUAGUUGCCAGCUUCGCCAACCAAGUCAAGUUAAGAUAAUCUUUGACUUCUUGAAAAAUGGAUUUCAAGAAAUUAGUAAUUCACUGGAUUUAUCUUUCGAGGAUGAAACUGUGGCUGAUGAGAAAAUUCCAUUUCUAGCCUAUCUUGCUAGUGUCUUGAAAAAUAGCUCCUAUUUCCCGUUUGAACCUCCAGCUGGCAGCAAAAGAUUCUGCAGUCUAAUUGCAGGCUUUAUGAGGACAUACCACCGUAUUCCAAUUAAUCAGGAUAACAUUGUCGUGUUUCCAUCAAGGGCUGUAGCCAUCGAGAGUGCAUUUCGGUUAUUCUCCCCUCGGCUUGCAAUUGUUGAUGAGCAUUUAACUCGACAACUUCCGAGGAGCUGGCUAACCUCUUUAGCCAUUGAGAACAUGGAAAAAUCAGAAGAUCAAAUCACAGUCAUUGAAUCCCCGCACCAGUCUGAUCUGAUGAUAGAACUCAUUAAGAAACUAAAGCCACAGGUGGUAGUUACUGGAAUGGCUCCAUUUGAAGUCAUCACCAGUUCAUCGUUUUUGCACCUGUUGGACGUGACCAGAGAAAUUGGAUGUCGACUCUUCUUGGAUAUAUCUGAUCACUUUGAAUUGUCUAGUCUCCCUUCAUCCAAUGGAGUACUAAAAUAUCUCGCUGAAAAUCAACUACCUUCUCAUGCAGCAAUUAUCUGCGGUCUGGUAAAGAAUAAGGUCUAUUCAGAUUUAGAAGUAGCAUUUGUCAUUUCAGAAGUGAAUGACAUUUCUAAGGCCUUAUCCAAAACUGUGGAAGUCUUAGAAGGUCAUACUGCUAUUAUCAGUCAAUACUACUAUGGUUGCCUUUUCCAUGAGCUUCUGGCUUUCCAGCUUGCUGAUCGUCAUGCCCCCGCUGAGAGGGAAAGUGAGAAGGCAAAGUCUGAAGAGAUCAUUGGAUUUUCAAGCUCAGCUGUCUCUAUUCUGAAAGAUGCUGAGCUUUCAGUCACUGAGAUUGACGACAGUUCUCUAAUCCACAUGGACGUGGAUCAAAGUUUCUUGCCAAUUCCACGAUCUGUUAAGGCUGCAAUCUUUGAAAGUUUUGUGAGGCAGAACAUAUCUGAAGCAGAAGUUGAUAUCAACCCAAGUAUUAAGCAGUUUGUGUGGACUAAUUAUGGGUUUCCAACCAAAAGCAGCACAGGCUUUGUAUAUGCUGAUGGCUCACUAGCACUAUUCAAUAAACUGGUCAUGUGUUGCGCUCAAGAAGGUGGAACACUCUGUUUACCUGCUGGCACAAAUGGGAAUUAUGUUGCUGCUGCCAAAUUUUUAAAAGCUAAUGUUGUGAAUAUGCCUACUGAGUCUAGUGAUGGCUUUAAGCUGACGGAAAUGAGCCUAACGAAAGCACUCGAGUCUGUCAAGAAGCCGUGGGUUUGUAUAUCUGGACCAACAGUUAGCCCUACAGGCUUGGUGUACAGCAAUGAGGAAAUGGAUAUAUUAUUGGCUACUUGUGCUAAGUUUGGAGCAAAGGUCAUCAUUGAUACUUCAUUCUCCGGAUUAGAAUACAGUGCAACUAGCUGGGAUUUGAAGAAUGCUCUGUCGAAAUUGGAUUCAUCCUUGUCAGUUUCGCUUCUUGGAUGUCUCUCUUUGAAUUUACUCAGUGGAGCUCUGAAACUCGGGUUUCUAGUUUUGGAUCAGUCUGUCAUUGAUGCCUUCCAUACCCUCCCAGGCCUGAGUAAACCGCACAGCACUGUGAAAUAUGCUGCUAAGAAGAUGUUGGCUCUGAAAGAAGAGAAGGCGGGUGACUUUUUGGAUGCCGUUUCUGAAACCAUUAAAACGUUGGAGGGCAGAUCCAAACGCUUAAAAGAGGUAUUAGAGAACUCUGGUUGGGAGGUUAUCCAACCCUCAGCGGGAAUCUCAAUGGUGGCAAAGCCGAAAGCAUAUCUCAACAAAACAGUAAAGGUGAAAGCAGGAGAUGGACAGGAAGUCAAGCUUACGGAUUCAAAUAUGAGGGACGUGUUCCUCAGUCAUACUGGUGUCUGCUUGAACAGCGGUUCCUGGACCGGAAUUCCUGGUUACUGCCGCUUUUCAUUUGCAUUGGAGGAUAGUGAGUUUGACAAGGCUAUUGAAUCAAUAGCUCAGUUUAAAAGCGUGCUUGCUAAUUGAAACGUGCUUCUUUCAUUUACGCUACCAUCUUCUUGAACUUGAACUUGAACUAAGGGGUCAUUGUGCAUUGCUGGUUCUUGGACUUACUCGUCGCUAUACUUCUGCAUUCCUUUGUUCUGUUGUUUCUAAUAAUUCGCGUGCCCGUUUCUUGGUCAGCCUCAUAACGGGUUUCCCUUUUCAGAGCGUGAUCUGUUCAUGCUAAUAAAGGACUUACAAGUGACUCUGUUCACAAACGGUUAUAGCAAAGACUUUGUUUGUUGUGUAUUUUAAUGUGAAUAAGUCUCUUUGUUUCUGAAGUUUGUAUGAAGUUUCAUUUAUAUCUAAUCUUGGGCUGUCUCUACAAUGUUCGACUACA